CUCUUUGCUUUCUGCCUGUAGAGAAGCCAACGGACAAGAGCAGGAACAGAGCGUGGAGACGGGCCCUCUCAGGACUUGAGGGGACACAUUCAAAGCCAGCUGGUCUGGCUUUGAGGCUGAUCAAUGGACAUGGUGACAGGAAGGAAACAGAAAGAAAGGGAUGAGCUGUAGCGCAAGCUAAAAGACAAGAUAAGGGAAGUGAAUGCACACAAAAGGAGGACAGGUUAAGGUUGCAGCAGGCUCUCUGAAAGUGUUUGAGGAACAACAACAGAUUGUGGUGCGGUGUGCUGAAGAGCAAAGAGUACACUAAGGAGAGUGAAAGCGAGCCCACCAAAAGAGAUACUGUUGCACAAUGUUCUAGUGGAGUGGGGGAAGAAAGUGUGCUGUUUUGAUACUGUUGACGUGUCUGCAAGACCGGAAAGGACACAGCCAUGGGGCGGAAGAAGAUACAGAUCACCCGGAUUAUGGAUGAGAGGAACAGGCAGGUUACCUUCACAAAGAGGAAGUUCGGCCUGAUGAAAAAGGCCUACGAGCUGAGCGUACUGUGUGACUGCGAGAUAGCCCUCAUCAUUUUCAACAGCUCUAACAAACUGUUCCAGUACGCCAGCACAGACAUGGACAAAGUGUUGCUGAAAUACACAGAGUACAACGAGCCCCACGAGAGCAGAACCAACUCUGACAUUGUAGAGAAAUUGAGAAACAAAGGCCAUAAUGACUGUGCUAGUCCCGAUCCUGAUGACUGUUUCGGGCACAGCCCCCUCAUGGAUGACCAUUUCGGCAAACUAAGCGAAGACAGUGAUUUAAUGUACAAGCGCUGUGGUGCGCUAAACAAGAAAGAACACAGAGGCUGUGAUAGCCCGGACCCCGAUGCCUCAUAUGUCCUCACUCCUCACACAGAAGAAAAGUAUAAAAAAAUUAAUGAGGAGUUUGAUAAUAUGAUGAGAAAUCAUAAAAUCCCCACGGCGUUGCCUCAGCAGAACUUCUCCAUGCAUGUGGCGGUGCCCGUGUCCAAUCCCAACGCCAUGUACCAGGCUGGAGGGAAUCUGGGCAGCCAGGCCCUGGCAGCAGCCACAGCCUCGCUGAAUGAGAGCGGGAUGCUGUCCCCUCCGCAGGCCUCCCUGCACAGGAAUGUUGGCUCCAGUGGAGGAUCUCAGAGGCCCACCAGUGCAGGCAGUGCAGGGAACGGCUUCGUUAACUCCAGGGGCUCGCCGAGCCUCCUCAGCACGCCCAGCGGCAACGGCCUGGGUAAAGUCAUGCCUACCAAGUCUCCGCCGCCUCCUGGGGGGAACAUGGGAAUGGGGAGCCGCAAGCCAGACCUGAGGGUCGUUAUCCCUCCAUCGAGCAAAGGCAUGAUGCCCCCACUGUCGGAGGAGGAGGAAAUGGAUUUGAACACCCAGAGGAUAAGCAGUUCCCAGUCCACCCAGCCGCUCGCCACUCCUGUUGUGUCUGUUACCACCCCCAGCUUACCCCCACAGGGCUUGGUCUACUCAGGCAUGCCCACCGCCUACAAUCCCGCUGAGUACUCGCUGAGCAGCGCGGAGAUCUCCUCCCUGCAGGGCUUCAGCUCUCCCGGGCUCUCUCUGGGCUCCAUGUCUGCAUGGCAACAGCAUCAACUAGGCCAGGCAGCUCUUAAUUCUUUGGUUGGUGGAAGUCACCUACCUCAGGGCUCCAACCUAUCCAUCAGCACCAGCCAGAGCAUAAACAUCAAAUCUGAGCCCAUUUCACCCCCCCGCGAGCGGGUCACCCCAUCCGGGUUCCCCCCGCAGCAGCAGCAGCAGCAGCAGCCACAGCAGGGGUCCAGCCGGCAGGAGGUCCUGGGACGCUCGCCCGCCGACAGCCUCAGCUCGUCCUGCAGCUCAUACGACGGCAGCGACCGCGAGGACCACCGGGCGGACUUCCAUUCCCCGCUUGGACUUGGAAGACCCCCCGCCGGCUCCGAGGACAGGGAGAGCCCGUCGGUCAAGCGCUUGCGCAUGGAUACAUGGGUGACAUAAGGAGCUCCGAUCCGGUCUGCAGCCACCAGCCAGCCAGACAGAGAGAGGAAGGAAGGAAGGAAGGAAGGGAGGGAUUAGACAUGGGGAUAAAUGACAGAGCAAGGGUCCGUAGAGCUGUCGAUAUUAUUCUAUUAUUCAACUCCACUUUGAUUUGUAAUUCUGGGACGUGACAGUAGAAGAGGUCAGGACAUAUCUAAGUCAAUUCUCAACUUUAUACAGGAAGGUUAAAUAAUCUAAAUGCAUUUGGUGCACUAGCAGGUGGCAUCAGGUACUCGGUGCAGUUCAGGAGGCGUCUACAGACGAGAGAAAAUCUUUUUAAAGAAUAGGCGGUAGAUUAUUGUAGCCACUGGUCUAGUCAGACACUUAAAUGUAGUUGCUCUUUUUUUGCUGUUGUGCUCGCGAGUUCGCAAACAAUCCCGAAAAAAUUACGUCGCUUUCAGGCUAAGGACUCUCUAAUUACAUACGAUGUCCGCCGCAAGGACUUUGUUUAAAUACAGUGCUGCAACCACAUGAGUUUUGUCUAAAAAGGGGCCUCUUUAAAAAACAUAAAUUCAAUCCUUCAGAUCAGGAGAUAGAGGGCACAUCAAGUCGAGCUCAUCCAGGACUCUUUAAUAAGCUGAGAUAACUUAAAAACAACAACAUGGGAGGUAGAAUAAAAUAGUGUCAGAAUUUAUUUGCAAUAACGAUAAUUCAUUUUGUAAUUUAAAAGAGUAAGGUGCAUAGCUAAGAUAAUGCAAAGCUGUCCAGUCGAGCUGGUUAGUAAGCCAACGUGUUCACAUUUGAGCAACAAUCCAUGAGUUAAAUAAGCCAAAGCUGGGGUUUUAUUUGUGUUGUUUUGUACAGUUGCUGUAAUCUCCUUACAGUUCGCUCAAAUGCUGCCUCUCUUCUUCUUCUUUUUUUUUUUCUCUUCUCCAUCAUACUCUGCUUUUUUUCAUCGUGCUUUGCUACGGUGUAAAGAUCCACGUGAAGCAGAUUCUUGAAUCAGAUAUCGAAAAAGCCAUGGACGUUUGCUGUUCUAUUUGUACAAUGUCAAAAUUUGAGCCAAGCGUUUUGUCCUUUUUUUUUGUCGUUGUUGUUGUUGUUGUGUAAAUAGCAACUUUGAUAUAUAUAUUGCCAGGGUGGUGAGUACACACCGUUUUCAAGAAAGUAUAUUUUUGUGGUUUACAGCUGAGUUUACAGGAGUGGACCCUUAAAAAAAAAAAAAGUCACUGGUCCAAUAUUUCACGGUUCUGUUCAGUCAUUUCUGCUUAAACUCAGAUGAGUUUUUUGAUUAAGGAUUGUCGGUUUCGUCCUGAAUACACUCUAAAAUCAAUUCUGUAAGGUCAAACCUUUAUUCAUUUGUUGCUGUUUCUUUCUUUUUGAAGGAUGAUCACAAGGCUGUGGGGGAAUCGGGGGGGGGGUUCUUCCUACCUAUUGUUCUGUAACACCAGGUGCUGAAGUUACUGCCGCCAUUCAAACCCAAGGUUUUAUCUCACGCAACAGAGAACCAUCUGUUGUCGCUUCUGAAUGAAAACCAUGUCUAAGGCCAUUCGCACCAUCCUGCCAUUUGACUUUUGGAAUUUACGCCAAUGAAUCUCGACACAAAAGAAGCUGCUGGUGACUUUUUAAAGACAAAAUAGAAAAUCGUGUAUGGGCACCCACGUGUGGUUGUAAAUACUCAUAAUAACUCAAUUGGCACAAGAGAUUCUGUCACAAAUUCAUCCCCAUUUAGCGACAGUGCUGUAAACCCUGUAGUAGAACAUUAGGAGCCAGAAAUGGGCAAAAGUAUUGGAAGUUGUUAUGGCAUUAAGCCAGUGUUAUUACACUGUAAAGAGGACUAAAAAAGAACAACAAAAAAAACAGGGUAGUGUUUUUUUUUUUUAAUUCUCCAUUAUAAAAGGCAUCACCCAGACAACGGAUAACAGCACACUGACCGACUUCACUUUUUUUUCCUGCUGAGAGGCACACAUUUGCAUGAGAAUUUUCCUGUACGAGACAGACUUCACCGUGCAUUCUCCAUGGCAUGUCUUGUGUGUGUGUGUCAAUGACCUAAAGGCAUCCUUCACCCUCGACCGUCCCACAGUUAACACCACUUCAGAUCUAUGCAGAUUGAACCCCACGUCACAUGAAAUACAAAUACUAUGAUGUCAUUACGAAACAUAUUCAGUCUGCAGGCUGUCUGGGGGAAAGAGUGUCAGACUGUUAGCCUCUUAUUCUGAAGUGCCACAGCUGGAAGUUACUGGACUACAAUUUUUUAAUAUUCUCAAUCUUUUUGGGCCAUCUUCUCGUUGCCACUUGCAAAAGUAUUUCUGCAGCCGGGACUUUUUUCACAUUUUGUCGCACUUCAGCCACGAGCCUUGACGUAUUUUAGUGGGAUCGUACGUGACAGACCGACGUAAAGGCAGCGCUUGUGAAACGCGAGAGAAAGGAUACAUGGAUCGCAACUUUUAUUUACUGAUAGAGAUCUGGAAAGCGUGUUGUUUGUUUUCAGCCCCUCUUAGUAAGUACUCUGCGGAACUAGCUUGUGCCGCAAUAACAGCUGCAGGCCUUUUGGGGGUAUGUCUCUUCCACCUUUGCACAUCUACAUGCUGAACUUUUUUGUCCAUUCUUUGAGAAACUGCUCAAACUGGCAGAUAGGAUGAAGAGUACCUCUGGGUACAUAAGUUUUCGUUCAAGCCAAUCCUUGGUAUCCAGUGGUAGCCGGGCCAUAUGCUUUGUGUUGUCCUGCCGGAAGCUAAGCACCUAAUUCAGUCUGAGCUCUAAACCGCUGCACUGUUUCUGCUGAAAAACACAUCCCCUUAGUAUGAGCUGCCUCCACCAUGUUUUAACCUAAGGAUGACGUAUUCAGUGCCAUGUGCAGUGUUACUUUUCAUCUACAUGAGGAUUUUGCACGUAGGCCAAUUUUUUUGUCUUGUCUGCCCUCGCCCCUGAGCACCAUCUUUCGUUGUGGUUUGUUGCAAACUGCAAUUUACACUUCUUAUGGCUUUUUUGUUGUUGUUGCAACAACGGCUUUCUUCUUGAUGCUCUUCUUUAAAGGACAGAUUUUGGGAGUGCUCUGUGGAUAUCUUCAGCUGCUCCAGAGUGGCUGCUUCCCUGAUUCGUGCCCUAGUAGCUCUCCAAAAUCACUCUAAAAAGUGAAUUCAGAAGAAAAAAGAAGCAAAUACAAAUGGGGGCCACAUUUUUCAUUGCAUAAAUUGUAAAAAAAAAAAAAGAAAAAAAAGAACAGAAAAGAAACCAUCUUUUUCCUCCUACUUUACAAUUUUUUGUUGAUCCAUUUGACAAAAAAAAAAAAAAAAAAUCCCAGUGAAAUACAAUGAAGUUUGUGGUUGUAAUGUUACAAAAUGUAAAAAAAAAAAAAAAAAAAAAAAGUUCAGCUGUUAGAUACUUAAGCAAAACACUUUCUACACACUGAUAGAUAUAGAUGAUCAGAGUUUAAUUGUCCACAUUGUAAUCCAGUCUAACACAGCGGAGGAAAAUAGCAAUAAUAAAUGACUUCAACAGAAAUCAUCAGCCUGUCUUGGCAGCGCCGCCUCGUAGUUGAGCACAUUUUUUAGCACUUGAUGACAUAUCAGGGAAUUUUGUAGUUGCUCUACCAAUAUGCACAGUUAGGAAAUGCCUUAUCCCAAAGAGAAAUUGCACCACAUGUAUCCUCCUCUCAUGUCGAGGAAAGACAAUGCAGGCGUCAUCCGGGUGGGACCAGACCUGCCUCUCCUCUUCGCAGCAGACCCACACAAGAAAAUGCUUGGUGAAUGCACAGUGAUCCACUUUUGCUCUGUUAGUCCUCGUCUAAAUUGUGCACAACUGAUGAAUGUGAAAGGAAAGGGUAAUCAAUGAACCUCUGGAGAGGACUUUCUUCACUUUGCUGUGCAAGAGUACACCGCUUUGCUUCUUGGCUUUUAUAAAACAGAACUAAGUGUUUGGUGUCUGUAGUUGAUAGUUCACGUAACUAAAGAAGCUGUUUUCGGUUUGAGCACUCAGACCGUUUGGCGGCACAAGCUGGACUUUGUUGCCAACAAUGAAAUUAUUUGUUUUAAAAAUUGAGAUAGAUUCUAAGUUAAUCUGCAUUUUUGUUUUCCGCUGGAAUGUGUUAUUUUAUUUUCAACAUACGAUAAUUAUUCAAGUGAACUUUCUAUUGAACAAUUAAGAUACUAUGCUAGAUGUUGUUGUACAAAAUUUGUAUUCCACAGAAAAAGUGCAAAUAUUGGCUUUUCAUGUGUAAUUUAGGGUUUUUUCUCUUAUUCUAUAUAAAAUGAAGUAAACAACUCUUUCAUAGAACCUGUUCUUCUGUGAAGUCCCAAACAGUAUAAACUGUCUACUUUAUUAAACACCUCAGUGUAUGCGCAAUCUGAA